GUUUGUUUUUUUCUCUAGCCCGAUCACUCCAAACCUGUGCUUGCAGAAGUGGCACUGAUGCUGCGUUUGGGACAAGCUCCCUCAUGCCCCAACAUCAUCGAAUUACACCACUGGAUUGAGGACGAGAGCAGCUUCAAUCUCAUUAUGGAGAAACCUGAUCCAUGCCAGAACUUGCGGCAUUACAUCAUUUAUUCAGACGACAUUAACGAAGCAAAAGCACGCUGGAUGAUACGUCAGUUAGUCCAAGCUGUAAAACACUGUGUUGACCGUGGAGUUUUCCAUGGUGAUAUCCACUCGGGGAACAUCCUGGUGGUGGCCGACGAGAGUCUGAAGCUCAAAUUGAUUGACUUCGGACAUGGUCGUCUAAUUAGUAGUGAGGGCUUUAACAGCAGUGAAUAUCAAGGAGCAGACCUGUACACCCCACCUGAGGUCUUGAGGGACACCGUGUUCUACGCCGAGCCAGCAUACGUCUGGGCUGUAGGUGUUGUGCUGUUUGAGAUCCUGCACAGACAUCUGCCCUUUAAAACCUUGAACGGCAUACUGCGUGACUAUCUUGACACGAGUCUGACCUUAUCCUCAGGUAAACACAACAGACACCUCUGCACAAUCUCACACAGACAGCAACAUAGGGUCGGCCCAGAUCCGGCCCACAUCUGGACCGUGUGA